AUGUAUUGGAAGAGCGAUCAGAUGUUUGUGUGUAAACUAGAAGACAAGGACGUGCCGGAGCUGGCAGUUUCCCCCGCGAAGUGCCGGGGGCCCAUGUCGGAGGAGUGCGGACGGACCGCAGCCCUGGCGACCCGGAGGACUCGGAAAGGCGCAGGGGAAGAGGGACUGGUGAGCCCCGAGGGAGCGGGGGACGAGGACUCCUGUUCCUCCUCUGCCCCUCUGUCCCCGUCGUCCUCGCCCCAGUCCAUGGCCUCGGGCUCCGGCUGCCCCCCUGGCAAGUGUGUGUGCAACAGCUGCGGCCUGGAGAUCGUGGACAAAUACCUUCUCAAGGUGAAUGACCUGUGCUGGCAUGUCCGGUGUCUGUCCUGCAGUGUAUGCAGAACCUCCUUAGGAAGGCACACCAGCUGUUAUAUUAAAGACAAGGACAUUUUCUGCAAACUUGAUUAUUUCAGAAGGUAUGGCACUCGCUGCUCUCGAUGUGGGAGGCAUAUCCAUUCUACUGACUGGGUCCGGAGAGCCAAGGGCAAUGUCUACCACUUGGCCUGCUUUGCUUGCUUUUCCUGCAAAAGGCAACUUUCCACAGGAGAAGAGUUUGCUUUGGUGGAAGAGAAAGUCCUCUGCAGAGUGCAUUACGACUGCAUGCUGGAUAAUUUAAAAAGAGAAGUAGAAAAUGGUAAUGGGAUUAGUGUGGAAGGCGCCCUCCUCACAGAGCAAGAUGUCAAUCAUCCAAAACCAGCAAAAAGAGCUCGGACCAGCUUCACAGCAGACCAGCUGCAGGUUAUGCAAGCACAAUUUGCUCAGGACAACAACCCAGAUGCACAGACCCUCCAGAAACUGGCAGAAAGGACAGGCUUGAGCAGACGUGUGAUACAGGUGUGGUUUCAGAAUUGUAGAGCACGCCACAAGAAACACGUCAGCCCUAAUCACUCCUCCUCUGCCCCAGUCACAGCAGUCCCACCCUCCAGGCUGUCUCCUCCCAUGUUGGAAGAAAUGGCUUAUUCUGCCUACGUGCCCCCAGACGGGACGAUGCUCACGGCGCUGCACAGUUACAUGGAUGCUCAUUCACCAACAACUCUUGGACUCCAGCCCUUGUUACCCCAUUCAAUGACACAACUGCCAAUAAGUCACACCUAAUUCCUUUUUUUCAGGGAUAGAAAUGAUUAGGGAUAUAAACUUGUCAUUUAUUAUGUAUAAAAUACCAUGAAAGAUAUUAAUGUUAAUUUUUUAUUUAACACCUAACGCAUUUCCGACAUCACGUUGCUGCCCAGGUAUGUAUCUCUAGUUGGCCUGCAAGACACUUUUAUUAAUUCUUCAUUGUUUGUAAAACUUAUGUUUACAAGAAGAAAACAAACCAGAACCUUUUUUUUUUAAAUUGUCUGGAAAUAGUUCACUCUAGUGUGUGUCUGUUAAUUUAUUUGUCAUCAAAAGAGCACUUUGCCUGAGAGAAAGGACUGACAAGUGUGCAAAAUGUUUACAAUCUUUUGUGAAACUGUAGUUUAUCAUUAGUUUGUAUCUGUAAGUUAUUGUUAUAAAUAUUCCCUGUUUUUUUUUUGUUAUAUACAACUUUAUACUUCAAAGCUUGUAUCUGUGAAUUUGCAACUGAAAUUUAUUUUGCCAAUGUUUUCUCAACGAACUGAAUAAAGCUUCUGUUGUAGCAUGCCAUGCGAACACAGGAUUGUGUUUGUGAGUGAUGAAUUAUGGCUGUAAAUGACACUAUAGUUUAAUAAGCCUCCCGCUCUAAGUUUAUUAAACGUUUUCCAUGCUUGGGAAGGUUUCAA